AAAAACAGGGUCUAGAAAAUGCAACAUUAACCCUCAAGCGUUCAAUAAUUCAUUAUAAAACCACCCCUCAAUGCUUCGUCUCCUUCCCAACCCCACAAACGGCACUCCACUGAGAUUCAGAUCAUGGAGCUUCAGAUCCCAUGCUCCAUCCUCUUCACCUUCUUUUGCUUCCUCCUUAUGAUAUACAAGCUAUCAACUUCUCUGAAACCCACCAAAACCUCACCCCCAGCUCCAUGGAAGCUACCUCUCAUUGGAAACCUUCACCAACUUGCAGGUUCACUUCCUCACCGUUCUCUCAGAGACCUUGCAAACAAGUACGGACCCAUAAUGCAGCUUCAACUAGGGCAAAUAUCCAACGUGGUAAUCUCUUCGCCUGAGCUAGCCACAGAGAUCAUGAAAACCCACGACCAAAUCUUUGCCAACAGACCCAGAAUUCUUGCUGCUGAGGUCCUUGUCUAUAACUGCAAAGACAUAGCCUUUUCGCCUUACGGAAACCAUUGGAGGCAGCUUCGAAAGAUUUGUAUGUUGGAGCUUCUGUCUGCAAAGAGGGUCCAAUCCUUCAGAACAAUAAGAGAAGAUGAGGCGUCAACACUUGUCAAGAACAUAUCCGAAGAACACGCAGGUUCUGUCAUGGACCUUGGGAAGAAGAUUCUGCCAAUCACGAACUCGAUAGUUGCUCGUGCAGCUUUUGGGAAAAGGACAAAGAACGUAGAAGAAAUCCUAUCAAAUUUGGCUUUUGGGAUUCAGCUGGCGAGUGGUCUUUCAAUUUCUGAUCUCUUUCCUUCACUCAAAAUCCUCCGUGUGAUCACGGGGACGGAAGCUAAAGUUAAGAAAGUUCACACAGUGAUUGAUAGGAUGCUUGAUAAUAUCAUCAACGACCACAAAGAAAAGAACCAAAGCCAUACUAAUAAUGGUGAGCCAAAGGAAGAGGAUCUGGUUGAUGUUCUUCUCAGAAUUCAAAAGGAGAAUAACUUGGAAAUUCCCUUGACUCUAGACAACAUCAAAGGUGUUAUCCUGGACAUUUUUGUUGGUGGGACUGAAACAGCAGCAACAACUGUAGAGUGGGCAAUGUCAGAAUUACUGAGAGACCAAAAGAGAAUGAAAAAGGCACAAGAAGAGGUAAGAAGGGUGUACGGAGACAAAGGAUAUGUGGACGAAUCAAAACUUGACCAUUUGAACUAUUUAGGAGCAAUCAUCAAAGAAACCUUGAGAAUACACCCACCUUUACCAUUGCUAGUUCCAAGAGAAAAUAGUCAAGGCUGUGAGAUUCAUGGCUAUGAGAUACCUCACAAAACUAAAGUCAUGGUCAAUGUGUGGGCAAUUGGAAGAGAUCCCAAGUAUUGGAAGGAGCCUGAGAAAUUUCAACCAGAGAGAUUCAUGAAUAGCUCAAUAGAUUACAGAGGAACAAACUUUGAAUACAUCCCAUUUGGUGCUGGUAGGAGAAUUUGCCCCGGAGUCACAUUCGCUUCAGUUGUUAUUGAGCUUGUUCUCGCCAAUUUGCUUUAUCAUUUUGAUUGGAAACUUCCAAAUGAUAUGAAACGUGAAGAGAUCGAUAUGACUGAAUCCUUUGGUGCAACUGUGAGAAGGAAGAACGGUCUAUGCGUUGUUCCUGUUAAUUAUCAUUCUUAAUGUCAUAAUUACUUAUUACUUCUUCGAAUAAUAGAUGAUUUGGUGGUCAGCAUGUAAGUUUUGUUUUUGUUUUUUUAAAUGUCGACAAAAAAUGAAAGGACUGUAAUGUAGUAGAAGAUUGUUGUGACUCCAUGUUUGCACCAUGUAUUUCACAAUACAAGUCCUGAUCAAUAAAAGGAUUUUGGUUCA